AUGACAUGCCAGCAUCCUGGUUGUUCAUUUGGUAUAUUUUCUUCGUGUAUAAAUCAUUGUAUGCAAAAUGUUUGUUUGGAACAUUUAAUUGAACAUGGUGAUAUAUUUAUAAGUGAUUUUACUGGUUUACUCAAUCGCCUAGAUAAAUCUACAUGUAUUGUAAUGAAAGAAACUAAUAUUGCUGCAAAACAAAUCGUUCAACGCCGUGAAUAUGAAAUCGAACGUAUCAAUCGUAUGUAUGAUGAAGAACAAAAAGGCAUUCGAAAACGACUUGCAUUUGCUGAGACUGCAAAUACGUUUUUAAAAGAUAAACAAGAUAAAUUAAUCAUAUGCAAACAGAAAAAUGAAUGUCAUCUUAGUCAACAUGAUAUUGAACAAUUAAAAUUGUAUGCAACUGUAAUACGGAAUCCUCCGGAAGAAAAGCAAGCAAAAGAAGAAAAAACAAUUAUAAAUGUUGACACACUGAACGAGUCAAAUACGAUGCGGAAGAAUUUUCUGGGAACUUAUUCAUGCCCAUUAUUUCGACCGAAUGUAUUUGGCAUUACAAUUGAACAUAAGAUUCGUUUUAAUUGUGAUGGAUCAUCAUUUUUAAAAUGUCAUCUAGCUAGUCAUUUUGAAAAUUAUCAUCGUAUGUUGCCUGAAUAUGCACAACGAUUAAAAAAUGCUAUUGUUAAUGGCCAAUUACCAGAUGAAGUAAAAUUAUUUUCUGACGAUGAAAUUAUCUUUAAUAAAGAAUAUUUGAUUGAUUGCCCUUUAACGGAUGGAACUAAUGUGUUCGGUGCACAAUCAUCAUUAUCAAAAUUGAUGCAUUUGCCAUGUACAAAAAAACAAUUGUUACUAACAUCAAUGUUGAAUCAUUUUCACUGUUAUCAUAGAAUGAAAUAUAGUGUUGCAAAAACAAUAUAUACGGCAAUGAAAACAAAAUCUCUUACGUCUGACAGUGUUCUUUUUGAACCCAAUGAACGUAUUGCAAAAAACUUAAGCAAAAAGCGAUAG